CUAGACUCUAAGACUUUCAAGACAUCAAAUUUGUUUUCGAUUGCCAAUCUGUGUGAUUUCAGGCGUACAGGACUUUCCAAUCCACAAAACGGUGGAAGACCACUGUGAAGUUUUCCACCUUUGAUGCUUUGAUGCAUGGGAACCAGAGAUACGCAAGCUUCCUUAAGUCGAAAGAUUUGAUUAUGCAGCAUCAUUGCCACUCUUUGGCCUGAUCCGGAUAGGAACACCGAGUAUCCCGGCGACCAUCACGGUACCCUUCAUAAACACUGGUCGCGGAGUAUUACUAGCUCUGGUAGAUGUUUUGGACGGUCAUAUAAGGGCCUAUACACCUGAAAAAUGAACGCACAUGGUUGACAAGGUCGGCAUAGAUUGACUCUCUUCUGGCUCCAUAAGUAGGCAUCGAGCUGACCUUGCCAGGGUCUGCGCCCUUGAUAUGGCCAGUCCACCCGGCUCUGGCGCAUCAACUCAUGCUCUGGCUCCAUUAGGGAGCUUGCCUGCAACUAAUGAGGCGAACGGCAUGGGCACAAUCAGCCUCGUUACCAAUGGAGGUUCUGCAGAGCAGCAUGCUCUUGAUGACAGAUCCUUUUUGGCAAGCGACCAAUUUAGGAAGAUACAGAGCACAGCGCAGCAGGCCCUCGCACAGUGCAUGGAGCUGGGGCUGCAUGUGCUGCCCAUACACAGCGCGCAGCAGAGAGAUAUGUUGGCAGCAAAGCUUGUGGAGGCAGCCUACCUGGGCGUGAGCAGUGCUGCCAGCUGCAGGGACCUUGGUGCACCCUUGCCAGCCCUGUCAGCCCUAACACGUCAGCACCCACAGCAGCUGGAGCCAUAUGCACACAGUGGUAUCACUAGCCAUGGGCCCGUGUAUGAAAGCUUGGAGAGGGACAGGAGCACUAGCCAUGGGCCUGGCUCAGAGGGCGUGCCUGGACCGCAGCAUGCCUCACCCCAGGGAGGCAGCGAGGCAGUGGAUGGGACCAGGAAGAGGCGGGCCGAGGCGCCCCCUGAAUUGCCCGGGAGCCAGCCCAAACGGCAGCAGACUGAGCAGGGCCCGGCCGAGCAGCUGGCAGUGAGCAGCGCAGCACCUGCUGGCAAUGUGGCAUCCCUGAUGACCAACCUGGAGCAGGAAGUCAGCCAGGACCUGGCGCAGUGGAGCGAGACGCGCAACGCAGGGAUCCUGGACAGCAUCUCGGCCAAGAUAGAGGGCGCCAACGCGGAGCUGCAGAGCCGGGUGGCGGCGGCGGAGCCCGCGCAGUCGCCCGCGCAGGCCGCCACCGAGCAGCAGGCGCAGGCCGCCGCGCUCGCCAAGAUCGAUGCCAUCAACUCGCGCCUUGCGCAGGCCGGGGUGGCGCCGCACGUGGUCCCGGCAGCGGCGCCGAGCUUGUCGGACGCGCUGACUGUCAAGUUUGCCGCGGCCAACGCGAGCUUCAUGCAGGCGAUGCCGGCCGCCAGCUCCUGUGCCGCCAGCAGCUCGGGGCUGCCCAGCCUGCCUGCCCCGGGCAGCAGUGUGGCCGCGGCGUCAGCGGCGCCCGGGGCAGUCCCCGACGCUGCCAGGCUGGCGGCGCUGGACGCCAAGCUGGCGCAGUUCCAGCAGGCAACGCCGCCGACAUCAGGCGGGGCUACGUCGGCCCCCGCCAGGUCAGACAGCCUUGCCCUGCUGGACGCCAAGCUGGCGCGCUACGGAUCUGUUCCUGCGGGGCCCAGCAAGCUUCCCGUCAACGGCCUCUACCAGUCGACACUGCACGGCCCGAGCAUGGGCUAUGCGCCCGGCGUUGCUCCUGGGGUCUUUCCAGCCACUAGCACAGGGAUGCUCCCAGGUGCUGGGCUGCUGGGUGCAGGCAGGCCAACCAUGACAUCAGUGCCAGGCAGCUGGGGUGGACAGGCUUCAGGUGCACAGCUGGCAUGGCAGCAGCCAGGAGGGGGGGCCAUGCAUGCGCACCCGAGCGCCAUGCCGGGGGUGAAUGCAUCGCCAAUGCCAUCAAUGCCCCGGGGCGCUCUGCACAAUGGGGUGGGGCUGCACCCCAUGGGAAGCCCACUAACCCCUGGCUUUAGGGGCCCAACAGGCGCUGUGGCAGGCUCCAGGCCCAUGAAUGGACCAGACAUGAAGGCCAGGCUGCAGCAGGAGGCCCUGGCGCGCCUCCAGCAAGUCAAUAAAGGCUGGAGAUCAUGAGGGAAUGCCACACAGUGUACAGUUCAGCAGGAGCUGUAUGAAGUAGCCUGCUCCCAAGACAACCACGCAUCUGGCUCCUUGUACAGAGUCAAGCAGUCAUGCACCGUAACAGCACAUCUAGAUCUAAUAAAUCUCAGAUCUGAGUGCUACCAGAGAUGCUGGUAUUGAGCUGUUGAUAUCUGAGCGAGGAGAUAGACAUGUACUCCUUAAGAAUGCGCAAGAACCCAGGCUUGCUGUUGUCGAGGCACGAUAAUAUUGAUCCCAUGGCAGCUUUUCAUAUAUAGUGAUGGUGUCCUGUUGAAUUGCAGGAAGCAAGGUUUCCAGCAACUUAUCGUUGGUAUGCAGCGCUAGCUUGAUUGCAAGAUGUACAAAAGAUGGCAUUCAGUGUCCACGUUGUCAUUGUUGUACAGAGUCAGCUGCAGGGUACAGAUAUGAUUAGUGCACAGAUGGGUUGGAACGUCGUGGGCAGGAUUACAUCAAUGGGCAUGAGGUGCUGAGGACUGAUACUAUAACAUAUGCGUGUUGACAAGGCAAGAAUGAAACAACAAUGUU